CCGGCAUGGCGCUCUCCGGCGACCCCCGCUUCCAGCAGCUGGCCGAGUGGCACAAGGGCCACGCCGCCGGGCUGGUCUUGCGGCAGCUCUUCGACAGCGACCCCGAGCGCUUCAAGAAGUUCAGCUUGACGCUGAAUACUGACCAUGGAGACAUCUUGGUGGACUACUCCAAGAACCUGAUUACAGAAGAAGUAAUGAAACUGCUGAUAGAACUGGCAAAAUCAAGGGGCGUUGAGAGUGCUAGAGAGAAAAUGUUCACCGGAGAAAAGAUCAACUUCACGGAGAACAGAGCCGUGCUUCACAUCGCCCUGCGGAAUCGCUCCAAUACUCCAAUCUUGGUUGAAGGCAAAGAUGUCGUCCCAGAAGUGAACAAAGUCUUGGAGAAGAUGAAGGGAUUCUGCCAGAAAGUUCGCAGUGGCGACUGGAAAGGCUAUACUGGAAAAGCCAUCACCGACGUGGUCAACGUUGGGAUUGGAGGAUCGGAUUUGGGCCCCCUCAUGGUGACCGAAGCUCUGAAACCCUAUUCCAAGGGAGGGCCCCGGGUUUGGUUCGUCUCGAACAUAGAUGGUACCCACAUGGCCAAAACUUUGGCUGAACUGAAUCCGGAGACGACUCUCUUCAUCAUUGCCUCCAAGACUUUCACUACCCAGGAAACCAUCACCAAUGCAGAAACUGCCAAAGAAUGGUUCCUCCAUGCUGCUAAAGAUCCUUCUGCUGUGGCCAAGCACUUUGUUGCCUUGUCUACCAAUGGCCCAAAAGUUAAAGACUUUGGAAUUGACACUCAGAACAUGUUUGAAUUUUGGGAUUGGGUUGGUGGUCGUUACUCAUUGUGGUCUGCCAUUGGCCUGUCAAUUGCCCUGCACAUUGGCUUUGACAACUUUGAGAAGUUACUUGCUGGAGCUCACUGGAUGGACAAUCACUUCCGCACCACGCCCCUGGAGAAGAACGUGCCCGUCCUGCUGGCAAUGCUGGGCAUCUGGUACGUCAACUGUUUUGGAGCCGAAACCCACGCACUUCUGCCCUACGACCAAUACAUGCACCGCUUUGCAGCUUACUUCCAGCAGGGCGACAUGGAAUCAAAUGGGAAAUACAUAACCAAGAAAGGCACUCGGGUGGACUACAACACUGGCCCGAUUGUGUGGGGCGAGCCUGGAACCAAUGGGCAGCACGCUUUCUACCAGCUGAUUCAUCAAGGGACUCGUAUGAUUCCUUGUGACUUCCUCAUCCCAGCCCAGACGCAGAAUCCGAUUCGAAAAGGGCUGCAUCACAAGAUCCUUCUGUCCAACUUCCUUGCUCAGACGGAGGCCUUGAUGAAGGGAAAGACAACGGAGGAGGCCCGCAAGGAGCUGCAGGCUUCGGGGCUGAGUGGGGAGGCUUUGGAGAAACUUCUUCCACACAAGGUCUUCGAAGGCAAUCGCCCCACCAACUCCAUUGUGUUUACGAAGCUGAAUCCAUUCAUUCUUGGGGCCUUAAUUGCCAUGUAUGAACACAAGAUCUUUGUUCAAGGAGUUGUGUGGGAUAUCAACAGCUAUGACCAGUGGGGUGUUGAGCUUGGAAAGCAGCUGGCCAAGAAAAUUGAGCCUGAACUGGAGACUGAUGCACCCGUGACCUCCCAUGACUCCUCGACCAACGGCCUGAUCAACUUCAUCAAGAAACACCGGGCCUGAUGCCCCGGUUGGGGGAAGAUGCAGAGUGUCCAGCUGCCCACACCCAGAUCAAUGUUGUAGUUGCUGCUUUGUUAGCCACUUCUAACCAAACUAGCACUUUUACCAGUUCUGGCCUUGUUAACGGUUAACCACGUUGCAUUGCUUAGUGUUUGGGGGGGCGGGGUUAGUGUUUGUGCAACCUGGAAAUUGUUCGGGAGCUGUCCGUGUUUUGUGGCAGCUGAAUUGUAACGCGUUGAGUGCCGUGCCCUUGGUUCUCUGCCCCGUCUCCUCCACUCUGUAACAUCUAGAUGUUUCAAAGCUGCACGACAGGCAGUUGAAAACCCUUUUGCCACAGUGUGUUUUGUGAAGUCAGCGCAAAUGUGAGAAUCCCAGCCUGUACCUGCACAAGAUUACACCAUAGCAAACUGAAAUGA